CCCGUCGAGACAUACAGCAGGUGACAGAUCAAGUGGAGCAAGUGACGUGCUAUCCAUUGCAGGGUCUGGACUUAUACUCGCCUGCCAGAAAACCAAAAUAAUACCCCGUGCUCUGGCCAACGCGUUGAUCAACAUCGCGUCCACAGCACGGCUUCUCGCGAUCGAUCGUGUCCCUUAACGUUCUGGCUCCUCACUUGACCUCCUGGCUCUCGCGAAGAAAUACCAAAAGACUGCCCCCUACAGCUUCUGGAUGCCAACUUCCUUCCUUGGCAAAUUACUUCUGAACGUUUGAAGUUUCGACCCCCGCCAAAACCUCAGACUUGUACUCCACAAUGGUGCGAACGCGUCCGGGAGCUGUGGCUUCACCCAAAGGCAGUCCCGUGAAUGAUGCAACAGCUGGAGAGCUCACACAAGCUCCCGCAAAGAAGAGGGGCGCGUCUGACUCCAAGACCCAACAACAGGGGCCCGCCAAGAAACAGAAGAGCUCAGGCGGGCCUUCAAACGACGCGUCUGAACCCUCACAGACGCAACAAGAAGUCGAGCAGCAACAGCCCCUACCGCGCCUGACCACGCCUGACCUUGAAUUUGACUGGGACAGGAGCAAACUCAAGGACCCGCGUCCCACUCCUGGGCGGGAAGCGCGUCCACGGUAUGACAGCCAUGACAUACCUGCUGAGCUGGCUGCUCGUUGCCCACCGUCUCCGGCGAAGCCCAAGGGGCGCUUGAAUGUCAUGCAGAAAGAAGCGCUGUACAUUGAAAAAACUCGCAUAGAUCCUUCUGCGACCUUCCAUCACCUCCACAAAUGUCGUGACAAGGGGCCGAGCGGCUCCCCGACAUACGACCCGGCUGGGUUCCGUCUGGACUACAAAAAGGUCAUGAACUGGUUCAAGCCUGUUGCAUACAACAAGAAAAGGAUGGUCAAGGGCAUGGAUAGAGCUCUUGCCAGGGGCCAGUCUUUGAAUGAGCAUAUCAUUGACGUCUUCUUCGAGGAUUCGGAGGCAGCCAAAAAGGAACUAGCCCACAGCCCAAUCCAAAUGGACCUCGUGAAAGAUACCGUAUCCAAGGACCUCGGGAUCCCUCUACACAAGAUUGGUCACGAGGAGAUCGAUUUGUGGGAACAAAAUGGUUUCGAGAAGCGCAAGCUGGAAGAUUAUAUGACUUACUCCGAAGAAGACAAGAAGAGGAUUCUGAAAAUGAUGGGAGGAUCAAUAUUGCGUGCAUAGCUGUAUCAGCCUGGGCUCAGUUGCCAGUCAUUUUCUCGGAGCUGUGAGGAACUGAAUGACACGGAGAGCUUGCGCCAAAGGUCGACGAACACUUGAACCUAGUCGUAGAAUCACAAUACCAGAAUGCUGGUAAACAAAGC